UUCCUGGAGUCGAAACCUGAGGGUUCGCGGGGGCGCGCACACACUCACACGGAUCUUACCUCGCCGGCGGGGCGCGCGACCCCUCCGAGGAGUGUUGUCACGUGACGCGAGAGCGUGCAUCCCUUGCCCAGCGCGCUCCCGCGCGUGCGCGUCCCCGGGGGGCGGAUCUCUCGGGCGUGCGGGGCCGGCUUGGGUCCUCAGACCGGCGGGGGCCGAGACUAGCCGGUGGUUGCCGGGGCCGCGAGGCCGGAGGAGGUGGAGGAGGGCGGGGUCGGCUGUGCGACCGCGGCGACGACGCACCGAGCGAGCGCCUGGGCCUGAGGGGAGCGAUGCUGUGGUUCCAGGGCGCCAUCCCGGCGGCCAUCGCCUCCGCUAAGAGGAGCGGCGCGGUCUUCGUGGUGUUCGUGGCAGGGGAUGAUGAGCAAUCUACACAAAUGGCUGCAAGUUGGGAAGAUGAAAAAGUGAAAGAAGCAUCAUCAAACAAUUUUGUUGCUAUUAAAAUUGAUACUAAAAGGUAUGCUUAUGCUCUAAUGCUUCAUUACUUCUUAUUUUAUCCUGUAGUAUGUAUUCCAUCCAGUUUCUUUAUAGGAGACAGCGGAAUCCCUUUGGAAGUGAUAGCAGGGAGUGUUUCUGCAGAUGAACUUGUUACAAGAAUUCACAAAGUCCAACAGAUGCACUCAUCAAAAGGUGAAACAUCAGUGACAAAUGACAACCAGUCAGAAAGUUCGGUAUCUACCCCAUCUGCCUCAUUUGAACCUGACGUAUGUGAAAUUCCCGAGUCCAGAAAUACAGAGCUUUGUGAGACCUCAGCUACCUCUGACACAAAGUCAGAUACUGUGGCAGGAGGAGAAUGUGCAGGUCAUGACAGCCUCUCUCAGGAGCCUCGUGGAUGUUCAAACCAGAGACCAGCCGAGGAGGACCUCACCGUCAGAGUGGAAAGCAGACUAACAAAGAAACUUGAAGAAAGGAGAGAAGAGAAGAGGAAGGAAGAAGCACAGAGAGAGAUUAAGAAGGAAAUUGAAAGGAGAAAAACUGGAAAGGAAAUGUUGGAUUAUAAAAGAAAACAAGAAGAAGAAUUAACGAAAAGAAUGUUAGAAGAAAGAAGCAGAGAAAAGGCAGAGGACAGAGCUGCUCGAGAGCGUAUCAAGCAGCAGAUUGCACUGGAUCGUGCAGAAAGAGCUGCUCGUUUUGCAAAGACAAAGGAAGCAGAGGCUGCCAAAGCUGCUGCCUUGCUGACGAAGCAGGCAGGAGCGGAAGUCAAGAGGGAGUCUGCCACACGAGACAGGAGCACCAUUGCAAGAAUUCAGUUCCGGCUGCCUGAUGGUUCUUCUUUUACAAACCAGUUUCCUUCUGAUGCUCCUUUAGAAGAAGCAAGGCAGUUUGCUGCACAGACUGUUGGCAACACUUAUGGUAAUUUUUCACUAGCCACCAUGUUUCCCAGAAGAGAGUUCACCCGAGAAGACUAUAAGAGAAAGCUGCUGGAUCUGGAGCUCGCCCCCAGUGCCUCUGUGGUGCUGCUGCCGGCAGGACGGCCAGCCACAUCCAUUGUCCACUCUUCUAGUGGAGACAUUUGGACAUUACUGGGGACGGUGCUUUAUCCAUUCCUGGCCAUAUGGAGACUAAUUAGCAAUUUUUUAUUUAGUAAUCCUCCUCCUGCACAGACUUCAGCAAGAGCCACAUCCACAGAGCCUUCAAACUCUGCAUCAUCCAACAAGUCAGAGAAAAGGGAACCAGUCCGAAAAAGAGUGCUGGAAAAACGAGGGGAAGACUUUAAAAAAGAAGGGAAAAUAUACAGACUGAGGACUCAAGAUGACGGCGAAGAUGAGAACAACACUUGGAAUGGAAACUCCACGCAGCAAAUGUAGUGUAGCGAGCAGUGUGCAGUCCUCGCGGUUUCCUUAGGAUUCCACUCAGCUAGACCGCUGCUGGAGAAGUGGGCCUGCUUUAUGUUUUCAGACCGUGUAUAGUCUUCAUUUCUGCUAAGAGGUUUUGAGUUAAGCUGUUUAGCCUGAAAAAGUCAAAACAUGGGAUAGCUGGAUGCUGGGUCCUUGUAUAGGGUGACCAGCUGUCCAACCUAAAAGAAUCCCAAGGCUACCCCACCACCGCCAGUUCCUACUCAGACUCCACAGCCCUCUAGCCAGUGUUUCACUUAGGAUACUUUUUGCUUCAAGAUUCUCAAGCCACACACAGUAAUUGGUAUGUCACUGAGUAGUCUGAGCCCGAGCACUUCAGCAAGCUAAUCAGGUAAUAACUGAUGUUUAGCGUUUCUCUUUGCACUCAUCAGCCUCAAAAAAAAUCUUGUAGUUUUUGAUCUUACUUAAAUAUCAAAUAAAAAAAGUUUUCAAAAUACCAGAAUGAUCUUAUUUUUGCUAUAAGCAUCUUUUUGUUGUACAGGGCUGUAUCAAGGUCACUUUUGUCUGACUUUUUUCCUCCCAGUGCUGCCCUGAAGAUGUCAGCAAAAUAACUGACUACCUUUCUUUACAAAAAUAAAAUGUAGAGACUCUGUGUCCUAGGUUACUGAUGCAUUUGUUUUAUAAUCUGUUCUCAAUGCCAGGCAGAUGAGAAUGGCCAGUCUGCAGCUUAGAUUGCUCACUCAUAUUUGUACUAAAAUUGCACAUUCAGCAAUCACACUUGCAGGACCAGAAUCCAGUGGUGUAGGACUAGGGUAGAGAGCAAAGACACUUGCCCCCAUUAUUCCUGAGUUUGGAGGACAUUCUCAAUAUGUCCACUGAAAGUUGUGAUGUUUGAAACGUGGGGUAUGUUUUGCUUGUUCUUCUGUUCUUAGAAUGUAAAGAAAGUCAUCCUGACCAUGUGUCAGAGGACUUGGAUUUGUGGUACGGAGGAAGAACUCUUUCCCCCCUGUGGAGUAGUAAGCGUGUGAGCUGUAGUGCUGGCGGGAAGCAGCGGGGCAGCUGACUGAAGUGCUGGAGACACUUUCUGAAAACAUGCCCAGAACUGUAAAUGUUUUGUGUUUUGACACAAUAGCUUUUUCUAAGUAAUGAUCCUCAUUGCAAAAGUUUAGCUAUGAAUAGACCUAAUAUUAGUUAACUUAAAAACUGGAAACAGCUAAAUGCCUUCUGUGGAUGCAAUUUCUGUUGAGAAAUGGGGCAUACUAAUCCAGCACUUGCCAUGUUUACUGAAUGUCUGCUGUGUUGGUGGAAGGAAGGCAAGAGGCGUAGCUGUAGGCACAGGACAAGUUGCUUUGUAAAUAAAUAGUAUGUGUAGAGGACAGUGUGCUAAUGUGUAUGGAAAGAGAACACAUUAAUGAUUGGAUGUCCUUGGAGUUCUCUUGUACUCUUAAAUUCUUCCAGUCUUCUGCAUUGAUAACAUUAGUUACACUAUUUAAAGAGAAGUUUUUACCAGGCAUGGUAGCUCGCACUUAAAAUCCCAGCACUUAGGAAUCAGAUGCCUGAGUUUAAGGGCCAGUCUGGUCUACAUAGCAAGUUCAGGCCAGCCAGGGCUACAAGGUAAAAAACAACAACAAAAAUUCGAGUUUUUAAAAACUUUCUAGUAGCCAUCUCAUCUAAGAUCCAAUCAUAUAAAAACACAGCAAGCUGGAGUGGCAUCUCAUUCCUGUAUCCAAGUCCUUGGGAGGUGGAGCAGAGGUAUCAAAAGUUCAAGGUUAUCCUCAGGUACAGGUUCAAGUCCAGCCUGGGCACAAUGAAAUCUGUCUCUGCACUAACGAGGCAAUAUAUGAUUUUAAAAAAUAUUUGUUAAAUGGUUUGAAUCCUGGAGAAACAUUAAGUACCUCAAGUCAGUUUGUCUUGAAGAAAAUCAAAUACAAGUCUUAAAAUGUCCAUAGUUCAUGUGUGAGUAAGAGGAUUCCUCGUCAACAUUAUCUCUUUUAAAAAGUGCACAUGGUUGAAAAAGCUCCAAAAUAGAAAAUGGUGUCUCUGUCCUGGCAUCUUACCCACUACCAUUACCCAGAGGUAACCUCUAUUAAUAAUUUCUAAUGUAAUUUUCAGAAAAAUUUUAUGCAUAUAAGCAAAUAUGUAAUCUUUAUUUUUAAAUAAAUGGGAUCAUAUUGUAUGUA